ACAUGCCUCUGCUAGCUAGUCGCCAGGCAGCCCCUCCCCUCCGCUACCUCACCACAGUGCCCCUACCCCCUCCUCCUAGCUUACCUUCCUCGCUCACUCUCAAAAGCGUGUCUCUGCGACUGACUCACUGUGUCACUGGCACGCACGCACGCACGCACGAGCGGAAGCCUGGCCUCUGCUACAAAUCGGAUCAGAGGUCGGUCGGUGGCCGUCUCUGCUCGCUUCCUCCAUAACCAUUGCCUUCCAUUGCUGCCUGCGCUACCUAGCUGGCUAGCUAGCGUUUCGUCGCUUCGAGUGCCGGCGGGGUAGCUUGCCGUCAGCUGGAGGCUGGAGCCUUUGCAUCCGCCACCCAGCUGCUGUCAGCUGUGCGCGCGGGCUGCUCUCACUCGGCGCACCAUGGGAGCAGUGAGCCGCCGGAGCUGGCGCUGCUCCGCCGCCGUCAUCAUCGUCUUCUUCUCUGCGGCCGUUGCUGUCGCCGCAGCAGGGAGGCCAGCCCGUGUGCCCGCGGCGGUGCUGCAGCAGUACAUGAGAAGGACAGGGUCAUCGGCGCUGCUUAUACGGAGUAGCACGUCGUCGACAGACGGCGACGACACCGCGGAGGCUCCUCGCCGGCGUCUGGUAGGUCCGGGGUCGUCUCCGCCGACGUGCCGGUCGCGGUGCGGGCGAUGCACGCCGUGCCGACCGGUGCGCGUGGCCAUCCAGCCCGGGAUCGGCACCCAGUGGGAGUACUACCCGGAGGUGUGGCGCUGCAAGUGCGGCAGCAAGCUCUACAUGCCGUGAACGGCGCGGCACCGGCCGGGUCACCGAUAAGGCAAUUCGGAGGGACGCCUUGCAGCUUGCCGGCGGCCGUGCAUGCACCGAUCAUGCCAUGCGCGUCAGUGGCAUAGUUUUGGAAAUGGUAUAAAAACAGAGGGAUGGGGGUAAAUUACAUGGCUGUUAAUUAGUUCCUGAUGAUUAAAGAGUUACUGGUUGAUUAGCUAGCUAGCUAGCUAGACGUGUGUGAUCGGACCAGUUGGUCAUUGUAAUAUUUUGUGUAUAUGCAAAUUAAGAUCUGAAUAUUACCUGUGUCGUUAAUCGCCCGAUA